CGGCUGGCGGCUGCGAUGCGCAUGUAUGCAGUCCACUGCCUCGACGCAUCACAGCGAACCGCACUUGACAGCUUUCCAGGUUAGAGGGGGGGAAACAGACUUGCUGAAUUUCCACAAGCCAGCCGUCAUCCGCAUCCACCCGAGAUGACAGCGUAACCAGGGCGCUGAACUGCUGAGAUACCAAAACACAGCCGCUUUGUUGAAUCGGAUCUGCUGUGACUGGACAUGAAUUCGGCGGAACAGACGGUUACAUGGUUGAUUACGCUCGGGGUGCUGGAAUCGCCAAAGAAGACCAUCUCAGAUCCCGAGGCAUUUCUGCAGACCUCCCUGAAGGAUGGGGUGGUCUUGUGUAGACUCCUGGAGCGGCUCAGCCCGGGGUCCACGGAGAAGGUUUACCAAGAACCGAAGAACGACGGCGAGUGCCUGAGCAACAUAAAAGAGUUUCUGAAGGGCUGCACGGCUUUCCGCGUCGAGCCAUUCGAGGCCAGUGACCUGCUGCUGGGACUGAACUUCUCCAAAGUGCUCAGCAGUUUGGUUACUCUGAAUAAAGUGACUGCAGAUAUCGGUGUGGGCAGCGAUUCGGUGUGUGCCCGACACUCUUCAGCCCACCGCAUCAAGUCGUUCGAGUCGCUGUCCUCUCAGGCUUCACUGGCCCGAUCCUCCAAGCUGCUGCAGAACCAGUUUCGCAGCCUGGACAUGUCAGAGAACAGCGGACAGCAGCUGCUGGUCAAGGCGCGUUUCAACUUCCAGCAGACCAACGAGGAUGAGCUCACCUUUGCUAAGGGCGAUUUCAUCAACGUGACUCGUCAGGAGGAGGGCGGCUGGUGGGAAGGGAUGCUUAAUGGCAAGACUGGCUGGUUUCCUAGCAACUACGUGCGUGAGGUCAAGGGCUCCGACAAACAAGUGUCCCCCAAGUCUGGCACCCUUAAGAGUCCACCUAAAGGCUUUGACACAUCUGCAAUCAGCAAGACGUACUAUAAUUUGGUGUUACAGAACAUUUUAGAAACAGAGACUGAAUAUUCCAAGGACCUUCAGAGUCUUCUGAUGAACUACCUGCGACCUCUUCAGAAUAUUGAAAAACUGAGCAGCUCAGAUGUGGCUCUGAUUCUGGGAAACCUGGAAGAGAUCAGCACCUUCCAGCAGAUGCUCGUCCAAUCACUGGAGGAGUGCACCAAGCUUCCAGAAAGCCAACAAAGGGUGGGCAGCUUCUUCCUCAAGCACAUGCCACAGAUGAAGGCUCUCUAUGUUGGUUACUGCUCGAACCAUCCCUCUGCAGUUAAUGUACUCACCCAAUACAGUGAUGUAUUGGGAGAUUUUAUGGAAGGGCGCGGUGCUGUCAGUCCCGGGAUCCUCACCCUGACCACAGGCCUCAGUAAACCCUUUAUGAGACUGGAUAAAUACCCCACACUACUUAAAGAGCUCGAGAGACACAUGGAGGAGAAUCACCCAGACAGACCAGACAUCCAGAAGUGCAUGUCAUCUUUCAAAAGUCUGUCGGCUCAGUGCCAGGAGGUGCGGAAACGAAAGGAGCUGGAGCUGCAGAUUCUUACAGAAUCCAUCCGGCUGUGGGAGGGGGAUGACAUCAAAACCUUAGGCUCUGUGAUCUACAUGAGCCAGGUCUUGGUCCAGAGUCAGCUGUCAGAGGAGAAAAAUGAGCGUUACCUCAUGCUCUUCCCCCACAUCCUCCUCAUGCUGUCUGCCAGUCCCAGGAUGAGUGGCUUCAUAUUCCAGUCUCGUCCCCCUCAGCUCCCAUCUCACCCUCUCACCCCAUCCCGACAUGGUGAGAACAGGGCCUUGACAGUGGCUCCUACCUACCACACCCUGCCUCACCCAUCCUCCCAUGGGACACCUCACAACACCAUGAUGUGGGGCCCACUGGAACCACCAAAUACCCCCAAACCAUGGAGCCUGAGCUGCCUGCGACCUGCACCCCCACUACGGCCCUCUGCCGCCCUCUGUUACAAGGAGGAUCUUAGUAAAAGUCCUAAGAGUGUGAAGAAACUUCUUCCCAAGCGCAAACCCGAGCGGAAACAGUCUGAAGAGGAAUUUGCCUUGAGGAAGAGCACAGCUGCUCUGGAAGAAGACGCCCAAAUCCUGAAAGUUAUCGAGGCAUACUGCACCAGCGCCAAAACCAGGCAGACUCUUAACUCUACCUGGCAGGGCACCGACCUGAUGCACAACCACGUGCUGGCCGACGUGGACCAGUCCUGCGUGGAUUCGCCGGGCCGCCGUAGCAGCGUGUCCCGGCCAGAACUGACCUCUGACCUUUCGGAGGACUCAGACUAUGACUCCAUCUGGACCACCCACAGUUACAGAAUGGGCUCAGUGCCACGGCCACAAAGGGAAACGGGGCUCCAUGUGAUCAUCCCCGGUGAGGAGAAAGUACUUUUGGAGGAUCCCAGUCGCAAUGGACAAAGUACUUUGGAAGAAAAGAGCCUGGUGGAUGUGGUAUAUGCCCUGAGGGAUGAGGUUCAAGAGCUGAAACAGGAUAACAAGAAGAUGAAGAGGUCACUGGAGGAAGAGCAGCGAGCACGGAAGGAUCUAGAAAAAGUUGUUAGAAACGUUCUGAAGAGCAUUAAUGACCCAGCGUGGGAUGAGACAAACCUGUGAGGCUCAAGUUAACACCCAUGUGAAGCUUGUAGAAAGAAAGAACUUGUACAGUACCUGUGGACUUGAUUGCACUGUUUGAAAGACAGUCACAUACAUGAAUUAAGCUCAGUUGCGUGAAGGUAAAUGUCCAUCUUAAGGCAAGUAAAUGUGGGCUUGUUUGAGAUGGAUCCACCAGUGCACUUUAAGUGCCAUUCAGCUUAAUAGACAGGCCUUAUUGAGAUGACUUGUUAAACUUUCUCGACCAUCUGUCCCAAAAUAACAUUCCUUGAUUACUAAGCAAGCGUGACUGUACUGAACCACCCAGCAUCAAUGUCUGUGGCUGUGUUCACAAAGCUGGAGGAUAACUGGAGAGAGUUCCUCUCCGUCUGUUUACAAUCAUUUAACGGCACAACUAUCCACUGUACAGAAUGGUACUUUAAUGGUGUUAAUGGUCCAAAGGCUUUGACAAGUCUUAACUUGAACAAAGCCAUUUCAUAACCUCUUUAUUUAAUUUUUUAUGAAAUGAUUUUUUUGCAGGGUAUCCUCCGCAGACUCAGGCUAAGCCUGAUGUUUUUAACCUUUAGCAAAGCUUGUGCCAGGAAACUCCUUUAUGUCUGUUUUUAAUCCAUUUUUUUCUUUUGUUUUUGUUUGACAACUUUACUUUUUUAUUUUUCCUAAGGGAACUGUACAGAUAUUAAUGUUGUACUGUAUAUUGUAAAUACUGCUAAAAGAUGAGCCUUUGCCCGUUGGGAUAAAUAAAUGUGUU